UCUUUCAAUCAAAUGAUUAGAUCACACAUUCGAUCUGACACAUUGUGGUAAUUUGGUCCAUAGUGUAACUGAUAUGAAUAAUUAUGAUAUCUGCAUUAUUUUUUGAUAUUCAUACAAUUCAGGUGGACUGACCUUGGACGUAAUUUAGGACAGUACUUUCAGUUUCCUAGCUACUAUCUACGUUCACAAGAGCAUAUGACCGACAGAUAUGAAGGUUGCCUAUGCAUCGUACUCCGUCAUUGUUACAGUUGCUAUCAUUGCAUCCCUUGGCAGGCCUAUCUGGUGCCAGACUUGUGGUACAGAGGCUUAUGGAGGUUCACCAUCUGUGGACUUUUAUGUAACAACGCCUGACAAAUCGCCUCAUACAUCUGAAAUGAAACACUUGGACAAAGCAGUCACCGUACAGCUCGGCUCGAAUGUAACAUUGGUAUGCACUGCAAAAAUGCCGUUGGGAUUCCCACCAUAUCUUCGCUCCUAUUUGGAGCCUAAUCUGAUCAAGUUGUUCGUAAACUACUCCUUCAUUCGCGAAUUCAACUGUGAUAAAAAGCCUCGCAAGGUCAAAACGUGCUCUUUGUCGCUCGUGAAUGUGAAACCAGGAGACAAAGGCAAGUACUUCUGCCAGGCAGUCAAUGAACUGGGAUGUACUUACAAACAGCUGAAAGUCGCCAUCACUGGUGGUGAACAAGAAGGGCAGGAGCCUGGAAUUCGCCAAGGCCGGAAAACCAUUCUGAGCAAAUUCAAGCGAAGUUUGGCAUGAAACGUUUUUGUUCCACCUGUGUAUUUUAAACUCUCAUUGUAAAAGGAAUAUAGGAAAUCUUCUUGUAAAGAAAUGCUAGUUUUCCCAGGAUUUUUGCCUUUUUAUCUAGUAUCACACUCCUUUUCAAAGAAUUACCUUGGCGCACGAAAACGAAUGUUUCGUUUUCGUGCGCUAACAAAUUAUCUCUCGCCAUUUGACUCUUUGCAGAUUGUUAUGAGUCACUAUUUUUUAAAUAAGUAGCAGCUGCCAGCUUUCCAAGAAUAAACAGAAUAAAGGAAAAAUCAACCGUAAUUUAUGAGCCUUAACCUAGACCUUAUUUGGAGAAAUUGACAAUGUCUCGAUCAUCGUCUUUAAUAAGUAAACAUUUUACGAAAACUUCGGUUCAGUAAGAGUUUCCUUUCAAGGGCCACUAAAUAUUGCUUACCUAGGUGUAAAAACUGUGAUUUAACCAAGGAGUGAACUGAUUAAAAUAUUUCAUUACAAGUUA